UUUCCAGUUCUAACACUGGACAAAUGCAGCCAACCUAAAAAGGUUGGUCCAUGUAAAGCUUUGGUGCCCCGUUGGUACUAUAACCAGGAGAUUAAGCUUUGUGAGCUGUUCCAAUAUGGCGGAUGCAAUGCCAACGAAAACAACUUCAAGUCAAAGGCUGAAUGUGAAAGUGAAUGUGUCAAAGUCACGCCAACUACCAGUGCAAAGGUUCAAGAAGAUGGAGUCAUCACCAUAGACCGCUGUUUAUUGCCCAAGGACCCAGGACCAUGCUUGGCUAGCCUUAGUUACUGGGCAUACAAUGCCACCUGGGGGUAUUGUACACAGUUUGAGUAUGGUGGCUGUUUGGGUAACUCCAACCGUUUCCUUACCCAAGAAGAGUGCAUGGCUGAGUGUUCAACCAGGAUAGCAGAUAGACAGCUUGUAGGGCCUUCUUCAGAUGUGUGCCAGUUGCCCAAAGAUCAGGGUCCAUGCAGGGCCUUCUCACAGGUUUACUACUAUGACAGCAAGGAGGGCAAGUGUAAGCCUUUCUUCUAUGGUGGUUGUGGUGGCAACAGGAACAGUUUCCACACCAUAGAGGAGUGUGUUGAGAAAUGUGGUGGACCAACGGAGAGACCCAAUGGUGUGCCAGGGAUUGUGGUAGAGGAGACUUUGAUAACUCAACCAACACAACCAGAGACAGGUGUACCCCUGCAACCAGACCAACCUUCUGCAGACAGAGGACAGGAAGCCUGUUUUGAACACAAAUCCCAUGGGCCAUGCCGGGGCUAUUUUCCAACCUGGUACUACGAUGCAGAAUCGCGAGCUUGCCGCAGGUUUGUAUAUGGCGGCUGUAGAGGAAAUAACAAUCGGUUCCAGUCAUGGCAAGAGUGUGAGUUAUUCUGUCAAGAUGCCACACCACCACCCAGUACUGUGGCAACUACACAGCUUGUAAGGCCUGCUGUGGAAGUGACAACAGUGCCGCCACCUACAGUUGGUGCUCCAGACCCAGGUCCCAAGAUAACAGAGCCGCAGACUGAAGAAUUUGACAUGUGCUUUGAGAUCCCAGACCCUGGACCCUGCACAGACUUCACUUUCCAGUGGUAUUAUAACCUCAAUUUAAGAGAAUGUCGGGAAUUCUCAUAUGGUGGUUGUCAUGGAAAUGCCAACCGGUUUGCGAGUAAAGAAGAGUGUAAUGAACUGUGUGUUUUGAGGCACGCUGACAAGAGAGACUGCCCCUAUGGCCAAGAGUUUAUGGAAUGUGGUUCUGCAUGUGUGCGCACAUGCGAUGCGCCCAACCCACCAUGUACGCUGAAGUGUGUAACACGUUGUCAGUGUCCAUCAGACAGACCGAUACUACAUGAGGGAGAGUGUAUUGCUGAGGAAAAAUGUCCAUCAUCUCCAGUUUGUCUUGGUGGUCAAGUAUUUAAUUCAUGUGGGUCUGCAUGUGCUGCCACGUGUGAAGAACCCAAUCCUUUCUGCACGAAACAGUGCGUGCCGCGCUGCGAGUGCCCACCUGACAGACCUAUACUACAUGAAGGGAAGUGUAUCACACAGAAGUACUGCCCAGCUCCACUAGAAUGCCCACCAGACCAGGUAUAUAUGGAGUGUGGCUCAGCUUGCAACCGUACCUGUGAAGACCCAGACCCAGUGUGCACAUAUCAGUGUGUAAGCCGCUGCCAGUGUCCUCCAGAGAAACCUAUACUACACAGAGGAAGGUGCAUUUCCCAAGACUAUUGUCCAGUACAAAAAGAAUGUGAAGGUGGCCAAGAAUUUGUGAGAUGUGGCUCAGCAUGCUUACGUACAUGUGACAAUCCUAAGCCUGUCUGCACACGGGAAUGUGUAGCACAGUGUCAGUGUCCCUCCGACAGACCACUUUGGCACGAAGGAAGAUGCAUUAGCCUUAGAUAUUGUCCAAUCAAACAAGACUGUCCAUCAGACAUGAUAUUUGAAAGUUGUGGCACUGCCUGUAGUCCAACCUGCAGUGACCCCAAUCCAGUCUGUACACGCCCAUGUGUGGCUGGGUGCCAGUGUCCUCCAGAGAGACCCAUACUUCACCAAGGAAGAUGUAUUACCCAAGAAUACUGCCCAGUGGAACAAGAAUGUCCAGAAGGUCAGGUAUUCACGGAGUGUGGUUCCCCGUCAGCAUGUUUCCGUACGUGUGGUGAGCCCAACCCGGUGUGUUCUCAGGAGUGUGUGGCCAGGUGUCAGUGUCCACCAGAGAAACCUCUGCAGGAGAACGGGAAGUGCAUCAGCCUUGAUGAGUGCCCUAAGCUACCUCAGAAAGUGUGCCAAGGUGAAAUGGUAUUUACAGUCUGUGGUUCAGCAUGUGUCCGUACGUGUGAAGACCCUGACCCAGUGUGCACACUUCAGUGUGUUCCCCAUUGCCAGUGUCCACCAGAGAAACCCGUACUACAUGAGGGGAGGUGCAUUGAAAAAGAAAGAUGUCCAGCCAAAAAAGUGAACACAUUGUCUGGCACUGAUAACAUCUGCAACCUGCCGUCUGCAGUCGGUGAAUGUCGCAUCCCCACAUUAAGAUAUUACUUCAACACCAAGACGCAGCAGUGUGAACCCUUCACUUACGGCAGCUGUGGAGGCAAUGAGAACAAUUUUGUGAACAUCAUAGAUUGUGUGGAGAGGUGUGGUAAAGGUCAAGGUAAAGGUCAAGGUCGACACCAUGAGGACAUAGAGACCACCACAUCCACUAGCUACCCUGUUUUCACUACACCACUGGAAGUGACACCACUUCUUGUAGUUGUGGAUGCUGGUGUAGGGACUACUCCAACACCAGAGGUCACCACUGAAGCUAGAAGAGCCUGUCCUAUGUUCACCUGUGACAAGAACUGUUCCUAUGGCUUUGAGAAGAAUAGAGAUGGCUGUCAUGAGUGCCAAUGCUAUGAUCCCUGUCAGAAUGCAGUAUGUCCUGAGAACUUUGAAUGUAAAGUGGAACAGAUGGAAUGUGAGGUAGAACCAUGCCAGCCUCUGGUGGCUAUAUGCAGGCAGAGAAUCAAACCAGGAGCCUGCCCUGCUUUUGGGGCAGAUCACCCCAGUGAGUGCCAGCAGAUGUGUAACGUGGACCUGGACUGUGAUGGAGACCACAAGUGCUGCUUUAACGGAUGUGGCACACAGUGUGUGGCUCCUUAUGAAGAGGUGCCAACCACAGAGGCUCCAGAGUUAGGCUGUGAGACCAGUGAUUAUGGCUGCUGUCUAGACAAUGAGACACCAGCCCAGGGGUACAGCCUGCAGGGGUGCCCAGAGGAGGCCCCCAUCAUACUGGACGUUGGGGAUACAGAAUACACAGUAGAGGCUGGAGGGUCAGUCACCCUGACCUGCACUGCCCAGGGGUCUCCCAUGCCACAGAUCACCUGGUAUAAAAACAGAUUCCCAAUUGUCCCAUAUUUAAUGAGGAGAUACCGAGUCCUCCCAGAUGGUUCUCUGGAUAUUACCAAGGCUAAUGCCUCAGAUUCUACAGGAUUUAUAUGCAGAGCUUACAAUGGUGUGGGACGCUCAGCUCUCAGAGACUAUACUGUCACUGUCACGAUUCCAGUAACAAUUGCUCCUGGACCCUCUGUGGUCAUUGUGGAACCCCGAGCCUCCGUCUCAUUGCUCUGUGAAGCAUUUGGCAACCCCGCCCCCAAUGUAACCUGGAGUAGGAGAGGAGAGGUUGUCAUCAAUGAUGGCAGAAUCAGCGUGGAUGAGAACAACACUCUGACCAUAGCAGAUGCUUACCCUCAAGAUGAAGGAGACUAUUUGUGUACUGCUGACAAUGGCAUAAGUCUGGUUCAGAGGACGGUUACUUUGAGUUUAGAGCAGGAUGUCUCUGUUCAAGUUCUUGUGCACAAUACCACAUACACUGAGGAUGACACUGUGAACAUAUCAUGCCGAGCACUAGGCUAUCCUGUCCCCAGGCUGGAGUGGCUCAAGGAUGGGCAGGUGCUUCCUGAGGGAGACUUCUUAUUAAGAGUUGACAGAGGAGAUCUGUCCAUUCUUCAAGCUAUCCCCUCAGACAGCGGAAACUACACAUGCAGAGCUUCCAACAAUGUGCAGACUGUCACUGCCACCACAACUAUCACAGUCAAGCCAAAAUUCAUCCCUCCGCCCCCUGGUUGUUUGGACCAGCCAUUCUACGCUGACUGCAGCCUCAUUGUGGAGGCCAAUCUAUGUGAUCACAAGUAUUUCUCAAAGUUCUGUUGCCUCACUUGUCAUCGUGCAGGUCUACUGCCACAGGAACGCUACAAGACAUGACAGGAGAGUGGGGGAAGGAAGGCUCAGUAAUUCAACAGUAUUUGACAAUUGUCAUUUGUACAUGUACAGUCCUGUAGAGUUUUUAAAGAUUUUACCAGGUUUCAUUUUAUUAUAAACCUAAGAAAUGGUGGAGUGAAAAGACAAUUUGUAAUGGUGUUUCAAACAUGAAUUAUUUUAAUAGUUUUUUUUAACUUUUUGGGGUUUGAAUAUAACACAGAUGCCAAUAAUUCAAUGUUUUUAUAUUGAGACCACUUAAUUGUUUUAUUCUGGUGCUCUGGCAAUCCCUCAGUGUCAUAGUAAAUAUUAUAGUUACAGUGUCAAAGUUUAUUAUUUAUUAGGUAGAAGACUUAAGACACUGUUUUGGAAGAAAAAAAUAUUAUUUGGUUAACGAGCAGUAUUUAUCAUUUAGAUGAAUUUAUACCAUGUGAAGAGGAAAUGAGAAUGAUUUUAUUACUAGGAUUAUCUUAGAAUCACAUUUUGGUCAGUUUUAAUUUUUCUGUUUCUAUUUUCAUGUACUGAAGUAUUUCGUGUAUUUUACUAGUGGAAACAGCUCUGCUUUUCCUCAUGCUGUCUCUUAAUACAGAGUAAUUUUUGAAGGAGUAGCAACUUUAGAUUUACUACUAAAUCCCAAUUUCAUUUACUUGUUUGUAUUCUUUUACUAUUAUAUAUACAUACAGUGAGUGAAUGACCUAUUUUUACUAAAAGUGAUUUUCUUUCAAAAUACUUAAACUUCACUUUAUAUGUAUUUGUCAGUUUUUUAUAUGUCAUAUCAUGUAGCAGAUAUUCCUCAUACUGUUCUUAAUGGGAAAAAACCUUUUAGAACUUAAUUAAUAAUGUGUCAGAUUAGAAAAUUGAUCAUAAAAAUGCCAUCUUAUAAAAAAUA